AUGGCAAAACAAAAUGAACAUGUGUCGAUUCAUAUGCCCAAAUACGAAACUGGACCCAUCCAAUUCCGUCUACCAUCCGAAGCCCUUCCUACUGAUAUAGUCGAUAUUCAAAAUUAUAUUCGUGAAAAAGCAGAGAAAAAUCUCGAACAGUGUGUAUCGUUUGAAGUAUCAUUACCACCGUCGAUAACAGGCAUAACGAGCGAAUCGAAUAAAAUUGAAUUUCGAUCACUGUUUCAAACUCCAACGUUAAAUGAACUUGAAAUUGUUUCAACAAAUCCCGACGGCUCGUCGAUUAAAUUGAAUAAAGAACAAUUGCAAGCAGUUGAACAAACAGGAGAAUUUCAAGUUGCAAGUAUUCAUUUUCCUGGACAACACCAUCGAUGGCGAUUGAGUAAAUUACUUCAAUCAGGUGUUCAAAAAGCGAACGAAAAACUUUUCAAAGAAUUAUCAUGGGCUGUUUAUAUGUUCAUUAUCUUCGCUCGUGAUCGUGUUUUUUCAAAUACGUUCAGUUUCAGAGCAACGAUCAGAUCAUGGAGACAAGGUCUUGCAAGUCUAGUUGAUGCUUUCAUUGGUUUACCCGCAGUAUUUUCUCCUGGAAUCGAUGCCGAAGUCGAAAAUGAACGAUUGAAAUUUUUAGUGAUCGAGCUUUCACCACAUGCAAGUGAAAAGGGAAUGCACGAAGCAUUCUGUGCACAAAUUCCAACUCUCCUGGAUAUUAUGGAAGAACAUUAUAAAUAUCCAAAUCGUGUAGAGAAAACACGUCCACCACAAAUGUUACCAUAUCCCCAUCAUUUUGUCACACCGAGUAAUACUGAUAUUGAUCUUCGGCUGCAUAAUCGAGAUAUGCAAAAUAAAAUUCAAGAGAUCGUUAGUUCGCUGUUGAAAGAGCAAACACCGAAAAAUUGGUUUAAUUCAACGAAACGACGAUUGAUCAAUGAAUAUAAACAUGGAGAAAUUCAAUUGUCGAAAGAAGAAGUUGCUAAACUUGUUCAAACUCGGUUGAAUAACGAAUAUGCCGAACGUUCAUUCGCGAUUAUUGAACAAUCAAGUGAACUCGAACAAUUAUCUCCAGGUCUUGGGCGUUUAUUAGUCGCACAAGCUCGUGCUAUUUUAGUCAUGCGAUCUGUCGUUGAUCAAUUGAAUGAAAACUUGGGAAAACACCUCAAAACAGUCGAACAGACCCUUGUACGUGAACAUCCAAUCAAAUCGAAGAUUCAUCGAUGGUUGGAAAACAAACUAUUCCAAGCGAGAGUUUCCUAUAUCCAAGAACACGAAUGGGAUGCUCAUCAGUUAUCUAUUGAACAAUGUAAAGCAUUAGGAAAUCAUCAAGCUGCGUAUUUCAUUCAACGUGAUUUAACAUUUCGAAAAGAUCACGAGUCCAUUCUUCGACAUAAUCUCAAACCACCUCGAGAACCGAUCCGUACGAUCAGUUGUAAUCGAUCAAUUUGGUUGCCAAAAAACUGGAUUGUCGAACGAACAUAUCCGUUACCUAUUCAACGUGUACCGACACGAUUUGCGAAAAAUACUUAUUCAGCAGAAGAAGAAGAACGACGAAUUCAAUUGAUUCAAUCCGAUUCGGAAGCACACUAUGCUCUUCGACGAACAGUGACCUAUUCAACAACAACGAAAUAUCCAUUUUGGCGAUGGAAAUUAUUCGUACUUCGAACAUACUGUUGGCUUUCAAAUACCAUUUUCGCAUUAUGUUUGGUGAUCCCAUUCAGUAGUCCCGUUAGUUUUCGAGCGUUAUUUUCCGCAAAACCAUUUCAACCAAAUUACCGAUUAGAUGAAAAAGAUCUAAAACUUCAUGAAGAUCCAUAUUCGAAAACCCAGACAUUUGUAUCACGUCUUGUGGCGUUGUGGGCGAACAUUCGACGUUCGAGACAAAAGUUUGAAGAGGUACCCGAUCGAGGAUUUUUGGGAAAAAAUAUGCAAAGAAUGUUCAAUCGCUUUUGGAAUUAUAUUGCGAAAGGUUGUGUUGGAACCGUUGCUAUUUGUGCAGUUUACCCAAUAACAUGUUUGGUAGUUCCAGUUGUUUCGUUUACAUUAGGUGUUCUGUCACCUAUUUGGAUGCCGAUUUUAACAUUAAUAUUUCAUUUACUUCAAUUGAUUUUCUAUGAUGCAAAUUCAGCUGGUGAAUAUGGUCGAAAACUAUUUUGCCUUAUUAAUAUCAUCAUGACUGAUUUACUCUGUGGUGGUGUUGUUCAACCAGUAUUAGUCGUGCUUGCCUUAAUUGCUAGUCCAAUAGUCGCUCUUCUCCUUGUUAUUUAUGCGUUUUUGCACCGGUGUACACGAGGCAUGUAUGAUAAGAUUAUUUAUCACUUAGUAGUGAAACGUUUCGCUCGUAUUCCUGCGCAUAAUGGUUUUCUUGCUCGCCGAAUCGCUGGACCAGGACUUGCUGCUGAAUAUUUCUACCAGGUUUCAUCGCCUGAAGUUCUGGCAGCAUUAGAAUCAUUGAUUGAACAAAAUGAACUGAAAGUUUAUCGGACAUAUGUGGAACAAAUCUUAAUGAAACCAGUCGAUGAAUAUCGACAAUUUUUUAAUGAAACGUUCAAACCGUUUUCCGCCAGUGUACAAAGAUCAGACGAUGGAUCGGUUUUUGGUCGAAUGAGUCGAGUGGUUGAUCAACAUAUUCAAGAUCUUCGAUCGGCGAUUGAAAAGCGAAAUGAUUUGCUUCGAUUACAUCGAGAUCAUAAUCACAAUCGUAUCCGGCUGACAGAAGCGGAUUUGACAGCGGUAUUGAUUGAAGGAACUCAAUUAGUAGAAAAAUGGUAUCCCCAACGAAUUUUACCUUACUUCACUAAAAGUGAACUUGAUAAAUUCUGGAAUGAUUGUGAUCUCGACACCGAGGAUUGGUUCGGUUUAACAAGCAAAUUACUUCAAGAAUUAUUCUGUCGAGACUUCUUAACUCCACUAGAACAAACCGAUGUUUUCUAUAGUCUCAAAGUAGAUCAUAUCACUGUAUCAAAAUAUGCGCAUAUGAUCAAUUCAGCGAAUAUACAUGAUGAUCUCGAUGUCGUCACCAGUGUUUAUCUUCCCGAAACAUCGUUUACGAUUUAUCAACCAUCAUUUGAUCAGCAAAUUCUUAAUCCCAAUGAACGUGUUCUCGAUAUAUCGACGAAUUAUUCUGGUAAACGUCGUGUGAAAACCCACGGUCGUUUCUAUCGAUUCUUCAAUCGCAAAGCGAAUUAUCUCAAACAUGCAGACAAGUAUUCUCGAUUUGUUGAUUAUACUUCAACCACCUGCCGUUUUUCGAUUCCUAUUCGUUUACCUGACGUAAUUUGUGUCAAUGUUGUCAUCUACAAUCGUGAUAAGAGUAACUCAAUAACAACGAGUUCGAUGAAAAACGUCUCUUUUCAACAAAUCAUUGAGUUAAUUGAAUUCAACAAGAAAUUCUAUAACGUUCCUGUGCUCCCAUCGUAUUCAACGAUCGUUUCAUCUCCUUCACUCCAAAUCAAUUCGACUACCGACGAUGAUGACGAGUUACUCAUUGUUCAUCAAGAUGAAACUACUGCAUAA